AUGAAGAACAUUGGGACUGUUAAAAGUUUGGUAUUCGGUGGUCAUCCCCACAAUGGAGCAAUGCAAGCCAUUGGGGGUACCAAGGGAGAGGGGCUCAUCUCUAGUGGCAUGCUUCCCCUGAUGUAUCAAGAAGCCCUGGAGGUGGCAACCAAUGCCACUCAAGAGGGAAAUCCCACUCCCACUGACGGGCAACUCAAGCGCCUCAAAGAGAUCGCACCCGUGGCCAAUGAACAGGUUCCUUUGACGGGACUUGAGCCAAUCAGUGUCAACUUCCUCAACGGCUACCGGCCCGGCCAGGAACACAUGCCCCUCCAGUUCAUCUAUGAACCACCUGAUUAUCGUCUUUUCUACACCUGGGAGAACCUCGCUCACCCUGCUACAGCUCGGGUAGCGGCAGCCGGGACAUUCUGGAGCAAUGGGCUGUCCGUUAAAGGGACGUCCUCACACGCCGCUCAGCACCACUGUAAAACCCAUCCAUGUUUGAGGGAUAUUACCUCUUCUGCUUGCUUGAUAGGAUAA